UGGACUACAAUUUAAUUAUCUGAUCCCUUCAAUGGAUUCACUAGACUCUAGUGUCAUUAUAGCUGGACAGAAGCUCUUUAUCCUACAAGGAGACAGGUCUUACUCACUCCAGUGGGAGAAAUAUGGAUUCAGAUUAGAGUGUCCUCAAGGAGCAGUGUCCAAGGAUACUGAAGUAGCUGUUACUGCACUAGCUGGUGGUAAUUUCAAGGUACCCAAAGGUACUGUGCUAGUGAGUGCAGUAUAUGCAAUAUCAGUAUCUAAGGCACUAUUAAAACCACUGGUAAUAGAGCUACAACAUUGUGUGGAUCUAAGGAAGACUAGUCAGACUGGUUGCCUCAAGUUUGUGAGAGCUCCACUGAAGUCUCCUUACCAGUUGAGUAUAGUUGAAGGAGGAUGUUUUAGAGUUGGGAAAAGAUACGGAUCAAUAAAGCGUGAGCAGUUCAGUUGUAUGGGUAUUGUAGCUGAGAUGAGUAAUGGAGACACACCUAGUGACAGUGAGAGUGAGGAAGGUUAUGAGACACCACCUGAAGGAUCAACUGAUGACACGCAUAAUGAUAGUGGUAAUGGAGCAGGAGAGACUAGUGAGAGAACUGCCUCACCAAUAAAUACUGGACUAUGUCAAGAAUCAGUAACUGAUGACUCUAAUCAAAAAGUACAGAAAGUUGAGUCUACUUCUGGUGCAUCUAAUGUUAGCAAUGAAUCAACUGAAGAUGAAGUGAAACAAAAACCAAAUGAAAACAAAGGAGUCACUCUACUGUACACUGGAAUGAUGUAUCAUGAAAAGAAAGAAGUUACAGAAUGGAUGACAGAAUGGAUGACUACAUUUUCUGUUGUAAGAGACUUAAAAGUCCUUCGGAGGUAUUUAGAGAAUAAACAUCCUGAAGCUGAACAAGAUUGUCCAAUUGUUCCAUUCAAGUACAAUGAACCUGAUGGUAUCCUUCAGUUGUGUCUACAAGAUACUCCAUCACUUGAAUCAGGAUGGACUGUACAUCCUGACCAAUCCCCAAUGCAAAUACAUCAAUAUGUAGUGGAUGAGUUUAUAAAUGAUCAUAUGUGUUCCAGUAUUCAUAUAUCAGUGUAUGCUAAACCUGGUAUUGCUAAGGACCCACUUCACUGUCCCAUUGAACUAACUGGAAUUGAUCCUACAAUAAUAAUUUACAUCAACAGAUCACCUCCUCCUUCAUCAAUGAGCUCUGCUGCUGCUACUAACAUGUACAGACAGUUUAGCAGUGAGCAUCAAAAUGUUAUUUUUGAGACUAAUGCAGUAUCAUUAACUUCAAGCUCAUCCAUAAACAUUCAAGCUGCAACUGAAGUUUUGUCUAAAAACAAUGCUCUGUUACGAAAGCAUAUUGAUUUGAAGUACUUGGCUGACAAGAUGGAGGAAAGAAAAAUUAUCACCAAUGACAAAAGAAGAAGUAUAGUCAAUGACACUAUGACUGGGCUACCUGAAGACCAAAGAAUGGAUAAACUCCUUGAUAAGUUGAAAGAUGCCAUUACUUUUGAUGGAUCAAUAUUUCCAUGGCUUGUUGAAAUCUUAAAUGAUUAUGAUACUGUGACAUCACGAGGUGUUGCUAAUAAACUAAUAAAGGAUUAUAAUGAGUCAACUCGAUUUACUGCAACAUAGAUUCUACAUUAUUGUCUCAAAAUGUCAAUUCUAACUGUCUAGAUGAUUUGUACCUGACAUUCUGUGGAUUGAUUUAUUAUAACUUAUUUCCCUUGAUCUCUCUCAUUAUUUUUAUUUGUGUUGUUUUCUUUACGUUAUAGCGAUUUUUGUUUCUGUGAUAUUGUCUGUUCAGUUGAUAUGGCUUAAUAUACUAAUUAG